UUAUGUAAGAUUUUCAUGGCAUGCCUUUUAAAUGCCUUGAGAGCACAAACUGGUCCUCUCAACAAGCACCAUCUACAGAAAUAACAACACUUUUUUCUCCAUUGUCAAUACUCAUUCACUCAAAGAGCUAAGCACCAUCUCUAACCCUUCUGAACUCAUCAGCCAUGGAGUUCUUUGGGAAACAAACUCUCUGGAGUUUCAUGGAUGAAGAAAGAAAGAACAUAAACUUACCUAGGAGACUCUCCUUCGGAAAUCACGAAUCUGAUCCCCACUACACUUCCGCUAGAACAUCUUCUGCUUCUGCCACAUCAAUUCCACUAUGGCCCACGAGCCCUGAGACUCCGUGGACCCUAUCCCCCGUGCGGACGUCUCCGAACCCCUCUCUUCUCUACCAUUGCUUAGCCUCGCUCCAUCGACAUGAAGGUAACAUCUUCUCUAUCACAGUCUCAAAAGAUUUUAUCUUCACUGGCUCUGACAGUAGUAGAAUAUACGCUUGGAAGCAACCGGAUUGCACUGAGAUGGGCUACAUCAAGGCUAAUUCUAAUGAAGUACGAGCCAUUUUGGCUUAUGGAAAAGUGUUAUUUACUACACACGGUGAUCGGAAAAUACGUGUGUGGGACGUCUCUCUGAAGGAGAAUUUCCGACCAAAGAAGAUAACCACCCUACCACGAAAAAGCUCAUUCUUUGCGUUUCCAAGGAAGAAUACCCAUACACACAAAGACUUCAUCUCUUGCAUAGCUUACAACCAUACAGAAAAGCUACUGUACACAGGUUCAUGGGACAAAACAGUCAAAACUUGGAAAGUUUCAGACAGGCAAUGUGUAGAUUCGUUUGUGGCUCAUGACGGGCUUGUUAAUGCGAUAGUAAUCAACCAACUAGACGGGUGCGUCUUUACUUGCUCCUCAGAUGGUACGGUUAAAAUCUGGAGAAGGGUUUUCGGAGAAAGCUCCCAUAUUCUAACUAUGACGCUGAAGUUCCAACUCUCCCCGGUCAAUGCCUUGGCAUUGAGCUCUUCACUUAGUGGGUGUUUUCUCUACUCUGGCUCCUCAGAUGGGCUUAUCAACUUCUGGGAAAAGGAGAAGAUGUCUGGGAGAUUCAACCAUGGAGGAUUUCUACAAGGUCAUCAUUUCUCUGUUCUCUGCUUAGUAGCGAUAGGGGACUUAGUCCUUAGCGGUUCUGAGGAUGCGACUAUAAGGGUGUGGAGGAGAGAGGAAGGAAAUGCAUACCAUUCAUGUCUAGCAGUAAUGGAUGGCCAUCAUGGACCAGUGAGGUGCUUAGCAGCUUCUUUGGAAACCGAGGAUAUUGUAAUGGGUUUGUUAGUAUAUAGUGCGAGCUUAGAUCAAACCUUCAAGGUCUGGAGAGUGAAAGUUUAUCCUAGUGAGAAGGCGAAUGCGGAAAACGCGGUGGCAAAUGGUCCGCAGUUGGAGAUAGCGGAAUGCCAUAUGAGUCCAGUAUUAUCGCCUUCUUGGGUAGAGAGGAAGAUACAAGGCAGCCACUUCUAGGAGAAAAAGAAUAACAGGACAAGACUUGGAUCCAUGCGAGGUUCCAUAGUUUUAUCGUAUUUAUGCCAUUGUUGGGUCAAGUUUAUAUGUUCAAACAUUACUUAUGUUGUGGCUAAAUGUUUGCAACAUCAAACUUUGACUUCCUAGAUUUUACUAUCAUUGCUAAUCUUAGUUGAUAGUCCUCU